UUAUUAGUUUUGGAUCUGAACUGAACAAUAUAUAUUAUUCGCUUCCUCUUUUCAUCUUUCAAACAUACGGAUAGUCUAGAGCAGUUGUCGGGACGAAUUUCAUUCAAGAGUCGAACUUUUCAAAUCACUCACAUUCGUCUUCUAGAAGGGUCACUGAAAAUGUCUACUGAAAAAAUUAAUGCACCAUAUGCUGAACCCCCUCCUCCAUAUACAAGUGCUCCUCAACCCAUAACUUAUCCUACCCCAGGACAAUAUGCAGCUAAUGUUGCUGCUACAAGAAGCAUGUUUCAAGGACCGGUACAUCCUCCUCCUCCAGGGGGCGUUCCUGUAUUUCCUAUGGCUCCAGGCUAUAAUAAUCCGUCGUCUCAAACAUUUGUUGUAAAUGCUCCAACAGGAACUCCAGCUGGGGUUCAAGCUGUUACUGUACUGAGUGUAGCUCAAUGUGGACCAUAUCCUAUGCAAGUUACUUGUCCACACUGUAGUGCUCAUGUCAUGUCUGAAACAACAGCAUUACCUGGGUUGUUGACAUGGUUAUUGUCGUGUGGUAUGAUUUUUGUUGGUUGUUGGGUUGGUUGCUGUUUGAUUCCAUGUUGUAUUCCUGAAUGCCAAGAUAUUGAACACCGAUGUCCAAGUUGCAAGCAACAUUUAGGAACUUUCCGCAGAAUUAAUAUCUAAGUAUUGCUAAAAUUGAACUUGUAGAAUUGAUUCCCAAUU